AUUUACUCUAAUUAUUUAGACACUAUCAUCAUAUUUUCAAAACUAUAUGAGCUUGUUAGUUUAUACACAUAUUAUAUAGGUACAAAAACCACUUUACAAGUGUUCUUAUUUAGUUUCGUUUAAUUGUCCCACUGUUAGCCAUUGCAGGAAAAGAUAGUUAACACAAGUUACAAGUUACAACCUCAUCGUCGUGGUUAAUGGGUGGUCAGCGUAGGCGACGGAAUCCGACUAGUGAUUAUUGGCAAUCGCCACAAUCGACACUAUUGGGAUUUCCGUCAUUUUAUUUGCGAGGAUCGAUUUCUGAAUAUUCUCUGUUGCUAUGUGCUUAUGCAGCAUGUGGCUGUUACCUAUGUAAUAUUAUGUUAGUUGUGAUUUGUGGUUCUGUGUAGUCGUUUAUGCGAUUUUUUGUCGAUGUUUACAAGUUUGUUUCCUAAAAUUGUGCGUUGUUUCUAUAGAUCAUGGAUUUUUAUAAUAAACACUUUCACCGGCUGAUCCGCAGUGUGGAUCCAAACGGCAUGUUGAACGUGCCAUUUAAUGUGUUUACUGAUGAAAAAUGUCUCCAAAGAUACUUUAAGACGAAUAACGAUUUUCGGAAAUUAGAUGUGCCUUGGAUGUGUGAUCAAUUAAUUAUACUUUUACUCAACUUUGAGGAUGUAGUUGCUAUUUCUUCAACCUUAACAUUUUUACGAAAUGACUUUCAACGCAUUAAAUAUCCAUUUGUUUUGAUAAGUCAAGCUUAUAUUGGCUUAAUUUUAAUACAUACUAAUGCAACAAAAGCAUAUUUCAGUUAUUGUACCAACUCAACAAAGACUUUUUACAAGAAAAAAAUAGCUGUAGACAAAAUACCAAGAAAGAAACAAAAAAGGAAAUCAGGUGCUACUAAAGAAUCAGACAACAUAGAACAAAUUCAAAGCCAGAAAAUUCAAUCAUUAAAUCAACAUCGAGUAUCUAAUUUAGAAACAAUCCACAAUGAGAUAGAUAUUCUUUUAAAUCAUCCAAGACACACUUUAAAUGCUACAGAAAUGAAACUGCUUGAGUCAAAUGUUCCAAACCAAAUAGCUCUUAAUGUGCCAAUUCUACAUAAUCAAAAUAUGCUUAAUUUGAAUACUGAAGAAAAUAUUGGUGAUAUUUAUAAAAUUUCAGAUUUAGACCAACAAGUUAUAUUCAUCCAACCAAUUGAAGAGUUUUCAUUAAUCAAUCAAUAUGCUCCCACUGAACAUCCUCUUUUACCAAAAAAUGAUUUUAUACAAGAAUUAAUGAGCUUUGAUGUACAGCCUAAAAAUAUAGUACCACAACAAGAAAUAGAACAAUCACAACGUAUGAUAAAUUUACAAGAUCAACAAACUAAAGGAGAACUAUCUCAACAUUCAAUUGAUCUACAAGAACAACAAUUAAAAUAUAAGGGAACUAAUGAACAUUUUACCCCUGAAAAUUUGACAAAUCAAUCACUAAAAAGAAAAAGACCCAACGUUCUUUUAAAAAAAAAACUUAAGAAAAGACAGAUUGAACAAAACAGCCGAGUACUUAGAAACAGGUUAAAAAAACUACAAGGAGAGAUGUUUGAUAGACCACUUGAAUGUAUGAUGUUGAAGUGUACUAAUCAAUCUAUUGAUCAUUUACCUAUAAGAUAUGCUAUGUACCGUAAUAGACUUAUUAUACCAUUUGCUGCUCUUACAUUAAACAUGGAAUUAGAAGAACACAAAAAUUUAGAUGAUAUUUUUAAUAAUGAAAUGACUAUGGGUAGUUACAAAACCAAUGAAGAAAAAUUAAAUGAUUGUAAUACUUCAAACAUUUGUAUUUAUAACCAUUGCAAAAACAAUUCAUUACCUCAUUUAACGCUGCUUCCUUUAGUUGAAGAAUGUUUAACCAAUAAUAGUUUAGUGUGGCGAGAUACAAUUAAUGAGAUAAAUAAUAAUUUAGAAGAUAGUUUAAGAGAAAUUUCACCUAUCUCAAAAAUUGAUCAGACUAAAUGGAAGAAAUUUAAAGACAAAUUAAAUUAUAGAGUGAAUCAAAGUUUAGUAGCCCAUAAAACACUUGUUGGCCCUGAACUAUCUCGUAUAGAUAUACCACAACCACUGAUGGCAUUUCCAUCUUUUAGUGAAGUUGAAAAACUUUUAAACGGUAAAACAAUGAUUGAACCACACAAUUCAACUGAGGGGCCUCCAUUAAAUACUGAAAAUAUUUGUCCCAUGCCUUCUUUGUCUUUAAUAACAAAAUCUGGAUUACCUCAAUUGUUACCACCUGAAAAGUCUAUGAUUGAUAAUAUUGAAUUAAACAUUAAUCAAGAAAAUGAUGUGAUGAAUCAUUUUGGACCAAAAAAUCUGCAGAAUAUCCAAAAUAUUGUUGAGCAAGUUGAAGAAUUUCAUCGACCAUCUAUUGACAUUAAAAAAAUAAUAUCUAAUAUUUUAAAACAAUUUCCUAAAAAUUGUUUGCGUUUGAUGUUUACUGAUGUUUGUCCUAUUCACGUAACCAAUAGACGAUAUGCUAUUUCAGUUUUGGUAGAAAUACUUGGACUACAUAAAAAUGGAAUUCUCAAAUUAACUCAACCUUGUAAAGCAACAAACCCUUCAUCUAUUUCAAUUGAAAUUAUUAAUCACAAUUUUUUUGAAUAUCCUUUUUAAAUUUU